UAGUCAAAUAAAUUUGUGUGUCCUCUGCAUUUUCACAGUUUUCAGUUGAAGUAAAGAUCAGUUGAAGUAACAAGGUUAAGGUGCUUGACGGUUACCUUUUGUUUUUACCGACCAGCAAACACACACACAGACAGCAUGGAUAUGUGGGUGGAUGCUUCCGUACAUGCUCUGUAGUCCUGUGUGUGUUACGGAGGAGGGGUUUUUUUCCUCUCUGUGAAAGGGGGUUGGGGGAAUGAGGAGCAAUCGGCCAUAUGAGUACCCCUUCAGUGGGGCCCCAACUCCAGCAUGAAGGGUUAUGUAAGUUUUUCAGCUGCCAGCCCUCCUGCCUGCCUCUGCCUUACAUUCACAUUGCUGGCGACCAGAGGAAAAACACGCAAAGCGGUCAGCCGGUAGUCAGUGAGUCAGUCAGUCACUGAGGCAGUAGUUUAAAGACCAGCAGAGUGCAGAGCAAAAGUUGAGAGGAGGAAAAGUACACCUCCUGUUUACUUCUUGAAGUGUAAUUCUGCUGAAAAAGGCGGCAGUUUUGAGUUUGACAGGGAGUUUGAGAGCAAGAGGUAAAAACAGGAGAGGAAGAGUGAAAGCGGAGAAGACCGGCUCUUCUCUUUACUCGUUAACCAUGCUGCUCCUGGAUGAAUCAGAGUCAUUCACAGACCAGUCCCACAGCGCCCCCUUCAGCUCCGAGAAUGAGGCUCAAGGAGGCGACUCGGCUGCAUGGCGGUGCACCACUCCCCCGUCCACCUCACCUUCGGGGGAGACACCAGCGCACCCUCCUCCUUCCCAGCCCAGACCCCGCUCCAGGCCGGCCAGCCAAAGCCCCUCCCCUCCCUCCGCCCUGACAGGAACCAAGAAGAGGAGCUCCAAACCGGCACACAUGAGACGCAACAUCAGGAAGUUACUGAGGGAGCAUCAGCUGGAAGCAGUGACCAAAGCCGCCCAGCAGGACGAGUUGGAGAGGAGGCGACGUCUGGAGCAGCAGAGAAAACAGGAUUUCCCCGUACCCCUCCUGCCUGAAUACACAACCGGCGAUGUGGCUAAGCAUGCGUCACCAUCAGCGGCAUCACAGCAAGACGUGAAGUCUGUCAAAGAGGAAGUGAUCUGCCUGGAUUUUGACAGCACUGGAAUCAGUGAGGAUGACAGCAAGACCAACGUACCCAGCUCUGCUAUCACAGAGCACACACAUAAAACAGAUGUGAUCGAUCUGAGCUCGGGGGAGGAUGACACCGUCAUCCACGUCAGCAGCAGUUCCCCCAAGGAAGAAGAAGAGAGCGAGCAGAGCGGUGCGCACACCAAUGACGCCUUUAACCGGCCGGACACCCAGGGCAGGGUGCUGGUCAACCUGAACCAUCCAGCCACAGAGAAGGACAUUUUCCUGUCGCCACAGCUGGCACAAGCAGUCAAACCUCACCAGAUCGGUGGAAUCCGCUUCCUGUACGACAACCUGGUGGAGUCGGUGGAGCGGUUCGGCAGCAGCACCGGAUUUGGGUGCAUCCUCGCUCACAGCAUGGGCCUGGGCAAAACGCUGCAAGUCAUUUCCUUCAUCGACGUCCUGUUCAGACACACCCAGGCUCACACUGUGCUCGCCAUCGUACCUGUGAACACACUGCAGAACUGGCUGUCAGAGUUCAACAUGUGGGUCCCUCCUCCGGAAGCGUUACCUUCAGACAUCAACCCGGGUCUGGUGACGCCUCGUACCUUUAAGGUUCACAUCCUCAACGAUGAACACAAGAACACAGCGACCAGGGCCAAGGUGGUGGAGGACUGGGCACGGGAUGGAGGGGUGCUGUUGAUGGGCUACGAGAUGUACCGACUCCUGUCGCUGAAGAAGAGCUUCGUAGCUGGGAGGAAGAAGAAGAGCAAGAAAGCAACAGGACCUGUCGUCAUUGAUCUGGAUGAAGAGGACAGGCAGCAGGAACUGCUUAAAGGUAUUGAGAGAGCUCUGGCCCGGCCUGGUCCAGAUGUGGUGAUCUGUGACGAAGGCCAUCGCAUUAAGAACUGCCAUGCCAGCACUUCGCAGGCACUGAAGAACAUUCGAACCAGACGCCGUGUGGUCCUGACUGGCUAUCCGCUCCAGAACAACCUGAUGGAAUACUGGUGCAUGGUUGACUUUGUCCGACCCGAUUUCCUAGGUACACGGCAGGAGUUCAGUAAUAUGUUUGAGCGCCCCAUUUUGAACGGGCAGUGUGUAGACAGCACACCUCAGGACAUCCAACUGAUGAGGUACAGGAGCCAUGUCCUGCACAGCCUGCUGGAGGGCUUCGUACAGAGACGAGGUCAUGACGUCCUGAAGGACCAGCUUCCCCCUAAGGAGGAGCAUGUGAUCCUGGUACGUCUGUCUCCCCUGCAGAGGGCGCUCUACACAGAGUUCAUGAAUCGCUUCAGAGAGGCAGGGAACACUGGCUGGCUCAAUCUCAACCCACUGAAGGCUUUCUGCGUCUGCUGCAAGAUCUGGAACCAUCCAGACGUGCUGUAUGAAGCCUUACAGAAGGAAAACCUAGCAAGUGACCAGGACUUGGACCUUGACGAUAUCACUACCACAGGUCCUACCCGAUGUCCAACCGCACCCAAUCAAAAAUCCAAACCCUUGGAGAAUCCUAACCCUAUUGGUGGACUGAGUCUCAACCAGCUGCAGGAGAAAGCCAAUCAGGUCAUCACUUAUGAAUGGGCAAAGGACAUCUUGUGUGAUUACAAACCCGGCAUCUUGGAGAACUCGGCUAAAAUGGUGCUGCUGUUCCACCUGAUAGAAGAGAGUGUCAGGAAGGGAGAGAAACUCCUUGUCUUCAGUCAGAGUUUGUCCACACUGACAGUGAUAGAGGAAUUUCUGGCUAAAAGACCAGUUCCCCCGUCGCCCAACAUGUCCAGCAGAGACAGACCCAACCAGAACUGGGUCCGCAACCUCAACUAUUACAGACUGGAUGGAAGUACAACGGCCUCUGAGAGAGAAAGACUGAUAAACCAGUUCAAUGAUCCAUCCAAUACCUCAGCAUGGGUCUUCCUGCUGUCUACCAGGGCUGGUUGCCUGGGCGUAAACCUGAUUGGGGCGAACCGCGUGGUGGUGUUUGAUGCCUCCUGGAACCCAUGCCAUGAUGCCCAGGCAGUGUGUCGUGUCUACCGCUAUGGUCAGAGGAAGCCAUGUCAUAUCUACCGGCUGGUGUGCGACUUCACCCUAGAGAAGAAGAUCUAUGACCGCCAGAUCUCCAAACAGGGCAUGUCAGACCGGGUGGUGGAUGACCUGAAUCCUGUACUGACCUUCACCAAGAGGGAAGUGGAGUCUCUUCUGCACUUUGUGGAGGAGGAGUCAGACCCUUCUCAGGUGCAGCUGCAGCCCCUGGACAGCGUAGAGAGUGUCCUCAGGAAGGCACUGCACUUCUAUCCUCACCUGAUCACUAAGCAACCGUUCCCCCAUGAGUCCCUGCUGAUAGACCGUAGGGAACUGAAGCUGAGCAGCGCUGAGAAGAAAGCAGCAAAGAAGGGUUAUGAAGAGGAGAAGAGGGCCUCUGUGCCAUACACUCGCCCUUCCUACGCUCACUACUACCCUGCUAGUGACCAGAGCCUCACCAACAUCCCCGCCUUCAGUCAGAGGAACUGGCGCCCACCUCCUCGUACUGAAGAGAAACCAGUGGCCAGUAUCCGGCCAGUCCAGUCAACGCCAGUUCCUAUGAUGCCACGACAGGCGUCUGCAGGCUCUGCCCCAAGCGAUGAUUCAUCAGGAUCCAGCCUUGGAGGUUUUCCCGUCAGCUGUCUGAAAAAAGCCGGGGUGUUUGUUCAGAGGAUCGUCACCACCACUGACAUAGUGAUUCCAGGCACCAACAGCUCAACAGAUGUCCAUGCCAGGAUCACUGCUGGAGAGAGCAUUCACGUCAUCAGGGGCACAAAAGGGACUUACAUCAGGGCAUCUGACGGUCGAAUCUUUGCCAUCAGAGCAGCAAAUAAGACCAAGACUGCAGAGGAGAGUACGACAGCAUUAACGCCCAAAAACUCUCAAACCCCACCAGAGGAAGUGCCAACCAAUAGCACUAAUGGUUGUCUAUCACCUACCAGAAAGCAGCAGGUUCCCUCCAAGACCCUGCCCCGUCCUCUUUCACCCGACAGCCCAGAGAUCAUCAGCGAGUUGCAGCGCUACACAGGAGGUACAGGAGCUGGUGCCACUGGAGAUCAAACAGACAGGGAAGCAGAAAGCAGUGUGAACAACCUGCCUUCCACCAAACCCGUUCAGACCAAUGGCAGCAGUGAGAGCAGCACUGGGAGUGGAAAUGUGAGCCACCAAGAUGCCUCUGUGCCUAAUGUAAUCCAACCCAACAUGGACGCCACUGCCGCCCAAGACCUGAGAACUGACUCCAAGCGUAAAGCCUCCACCCCAUCUUUGGAUGAGCGGCCCACUAAGCAGAUCUCUUCAGGCAAACACUCCUCAGCCCCUCUGGCCUCCCAAGGCUUCCCCUUCACUGGUGGCUAUGGCCUCUCUCCUCUCGGCCUCAGCCCCACCAUGUUGCGUGGGUCACUGGGACACCCGCUCUUCAUGGGGGCAGGUUCGCCUUACUUCCAGUCCCCCCACACCCAACUGGGGGAUCCCAGUUUCAUGUACCCAGACCUGUUUGGGUUUGGUGGAGCCAGUGCAGUCCCCACAUCCUCCUCCUCAACGACAACCACUGCCACCACGGCCUCAUCUUCUUCAUCAUCAUCAUCAUCCUCUGCAUCAGUCAAGGCUGCCAGUUCAGUUCCAGGAGCCCUUCCACCUUUCAUGUUGAGCCCCAGCAUGGCGGGCAUGGCUGGGUUGCUUCCACCAGGCUUCCCCCUCUCUUACACUCAGUCUCUGGCUAGCCUCUACACAGGGUCCAUGCUCCCAGGUGGGCUGCCAGGUCCAGCUGCCACUCCAGGUCCAGCCGGAGCCAGCUUUCUCUCCCAAUACCCACCUACUGCUGCCUCCAACUCGUCCUCUUCUUCUCCUUCCUCCUUCUCCCCCUCAACAAGGUCUGAGGGCCACCGGGGCCCGAUGCUGGUGAACGGUGGGAAUAUUAGCAGCGCCAGCGGCUCGGAUGAUGAUGGUGAUGAUGUCAUUGAGGUGAGGGGACAGUGACCGAUGACCGAUAUAGUUGUUUGAGCAAGCCUGAUUCAGUUUAAUAAUCGUCAAAAUAGGAUGAGAUCCUAUUUGCCAGGAUGCAAGCUUCUGAGAGCCUGUGGCUGAGGUAGUGAGGGAAAUGGACAAAAAAAUAUAAGACAAGUGAAGUGAUGACAGCUGAGCCCCUGCUACUGUGUUUCCUCUGCUUGUCUCUACUGACUGAGUGGUGAUUGAACACAGACUGAAGACAGAGCAACAAAUCUUUAUGCUGAAUCAGAAGAGAAAACCUGAGGAAGACAACAGCUCCAGAUGGAGAAAGAAAAUGAAAAUCAGAGGACUUUGGGCUUCCAAGUUUUUGUCCAAUACUGGCAUUGAAAUAUUGAUCACUGGACUUUGUACUGCUGAGUGUGGGCCUGCAGUGACCCCAAAUGGCCACUAGUUGUACUGUUGAUUAGAGAUUAUAGCUCUGCAGCUUCGCUAAAUGUCAAGACUCUUGCUUUUUUCAGCUAAUUAAAAGAUGACAGUGGGAUGGAGUUUCUUUAAAAAAGGGGUUUGAUAAAUAAGUGAGCUGGUAGUAACAUUUGUUAAGUAUCAGUAACUGAAAAGGUAUUCUUUGUCACUUGUCAAAUAUUGCUACUGAAUUCUUGAAAUGGUAAGAGAAAAGGUAAAAAGAUCAAACAGAACUUUUCGAAAGCAUUUUGAUUCUACUCAAUAAUUCACUGCCAGGACAGGGGGGUAUUGUACUUUUUGUUCAUGAAGAAAAAAACAUGAUAAUCAUGAAUUAUUGGAGAAGCUUGUUGAGGAAGAGGGUAAAACCAAUUACUGAGACCUUAAAACUAAUGAAAGAAUGUAUGCUUAAUCAAAUGCCUUUAAACCAGGCCUUUCUGAAAAGACUCCUUCUGUUUAGGCAUCAGACAUGGAAAGAUCUGAUUAUUCUUUUUUUGUGUGUAUUUUAUACAUGAUCUCUUUUACUUUUUAAAGAAGUUUAUUGCCUAAAAAUAGCCAGGUGAAAAUGAGAAAAAUAACUGUGUUUUUGCGAGGUGUCCUCCUUGUAGCGGAGAAACAACCAACAGAAAAUGCCUUUUUUUCCUCCAUUUUUCUGAAUGUUAACUGUGAGAGAGGAGAGGUAAAGAGAGACGGGCGGUAAGCACGACUCUCUGAAUCUCACCCACAGUCUUACUGUAGCCUAGCGAAAAAUGAUGCAAAACACUCACUCAAGCCUAUAUAUGUAUUCAUACAACCCCAGAGGAAUUAAGCUCAUAACCCCAAGUUUUGGUUACGCUCGUGUCGUUACUGUGUUCGUAUCUGUGUGUUGUGUUAUUAAGGGUUACAAAAGGAAUCGUUUGGAAAAAAAAAUAAAUAGAAACUUACUCCGUUUGACAACGACACAGACUCCACCUCUGCUGUGUUUCUUCUUCUUUCCCAUUUUGUGAACAGAGGUAAUUGUGAAACCAAAUUUUUUUGUUUUUCUUUGGAAAGAGAUGGUGUAGCUUCGCCAAAAAAAUCAAGAAAUGCACAAGCACAUAAGAAACCUCCAGGAGGAGGAGGAUUGUGUCUUAAGAGACCAAAUAAUGUUGUCAUGGUAGAGCAGACUGAAAAAUCCACCGCAGCUGCAACAUGCUCUCUCUACAGCAUCCUCACCGCCACAGUUGAGAAGUACAUAUCCAUUUCUCUGUAUGACCUUGCAGGUAACACUGUACUGCACUGUAAAAGAGACACAAAUCUGUAUAUAUCUACAGGCUGGUUGAAAGCUUCACCAUGUGACCAAGUUCCAUGUAGAUUAACCAUAAACAAUCAUUCUGCUGUUCCAAUUGAUCCCCUCUGAUCACACGAACUGAUCUACUGCGGUCGUCACUGUCACUAUGUGGAAAAUCUUCUCCUCCAAAAUGACUGCAGCAAGAGCUUUAAAAACCACCAGCUCUUUUGUGGAAAAUGAAACCUCUUCGAGUAAAGACUAAGCAUUUCCUGUUCUUUCUCUUACAUGUAUUUGUUCCUCAUGCUGAUUGAACUGAAUUGUUAGUUUACUUAAUGUUUUAUUUUUGUUCUCCUCUUUUUACAUUGUUUAUUUACCAAAUUAAUUUAUUUAUGGCGGUGCAUAUUUAUUCAUUUGUAUUUUUAUUUUUGUACAAUGUUUUUUUGUUUCCUUUUGUUGCUUUUCUUUAUCUUGUUUGUAAGAUUUUUUUAUGGUCAUAUCGCUGAUGGCUUGUAAAGACUUGUCGAUCUGCCAGUCUGACCCAGCAUGUGUGAAUUUCUGCAGAACUUGCACGUGGACCAACCAAUUAGUGUGUUAAUUUGCACAUUAAUAGCCAGGAUUCUUUAUGAAGGAUCAAGCAUAUAUAUCAUACCCCACUUACGAUAACUCUGGUCAGAAGGAUAUAAGAAAUACAGUGACUGAACUGUAUUAAAACUGUGCUCUAAUCUCUACGAACUCCUUCAUCAGAAUAUCCUGUGUGUUCACAAGUUUGUUCUAAACUGGGAUACAAAGUAUUUUAACUGAAUAUGAGCCAUUUGUGUGCAUGAAAAUGAAGCUAAUUCACAAGUAAUGGGUCAGAACCUGAGGCAGUCUGACUACACAUCAGCUGAAAAGAAAGAAAAGAGUGAUAUCAAGUGCUUUCCUUUUUUUUUUUUUUUUU